AUGGCCGUGUCUUGGUGUCCAUGCCCUAGGACUUUCAUUCCCUCUGCCUCCUACCCCUUCGAGUGCCGCUCCGGUCCCGAUUCCUUUUCAGGCACGGAUGAGCCGAGUCACCGUCGAUUCUCCUGCAGAGUCAAAUCUCUGCGGAACCGGACUCCCUCGUUUUGCGGCGGGGGUGGAUUGUCUUCUAUGAUAUUCAGGUUCCCUCCGAACUUCGUGCGCCAGCUCAGCAUCAAGGCUCGCCGGAACUGCAGCAACAUCGGUGUUGCACAGAUCGUCGCUGCGAAGUGGUCGAACAACUCCGCCAACUCUGUUCCCUCCGCGGCGGCGGGGGCGGCUGGAUCAUCCGCCGCGUCCGCUGCCGCUCUGCCUGCAGUCUCUCCCGUCGAAUUGACGGCUGAGGAGGAUUUGCAGGUGGUUGAAGGAUUGAAUAAUGAGAACGGAAGUGUACAGUUAGAAGAUUUACCGGUUUUGAACAAAUACGCAUCUUUUUUGAGUUCCGAUGGUAGCAUCGCAGUUCAUGCUGGUGAGAGAUUAGGUCGCGUUAUAGAUACUGAUGCAAUUACAACCCCACUGCUCAACACUUCUGCCUACUUUUUCAAGAACACUGCUGAGCUCAUUGAUUUCAAGGAGAAACGCCGUGCAAGUUUUGAAUAUGGGCGCUAUGGGAAUCCCACAACUGUGGUUGCGGAGCAGAAAAUAAGUGCACUUGAGGGAGCUGAAGACACAUUGUUUAUGGCUUCUGGAAUGUGUGCCAGUACAGUCUUGUUGAUGGCCCUGGUUCCUGCUGGUGGGCACCUUGUGACUACAUUGGAUUGCUAUAGGAAGACUAGGAUAUUUAUUGAGACAUUCCUUCCUAAAAUGGGAAUCAAGGCUACUGUCAUUGACCCUGCUGAUAUAGGGGCCUUGGAAUCUGCCCUCAAUGAGGACAAUGUAUCUCUCUUCUUCACCGAGUCUCCAACUAAUCCAUUCCUGAGAUGUGUAGACAUUAAGUUGGUUUCUGACCUUUGCCACCGAAAAGGAGCUCUGGUUUGCAUAGACGGUACUUUUGCUUCUCCUCUCAAUCAAAAGGCCCUAGCGCUUGGUGCUGAUAUUGUUCUACACUCUGCCACAAAAUUUAUUGGGGGCCACAACGAUGUUCUUGGCGGAUGUAUAAGUGGUUCUGAGAAGGUGAUAUCACAAAUUCGUAAUCUGCAUCACGUUUUGGGUGGUGUUCUUAACCCAAAUGCCGCAUAUCUGAUUGUCCGAGGCAUGAAGACACUGCAUCUUCGUGUACAGCAACAGAAUUCAACUGCACAGAGGAUGGCCGAAGUUUUAGAGGCACAUCCUAAGGUGAAACGUGUCUAUUAUCCAGGCCUGCCGAGUCAUCCUGAACAUCACCUUGCCAAGCGGCAAAUGACUGGGUUUGGGGGUGUGGUGAGCUUUGAGGUUGAUGGCAAUUUAGGGACUACCAUACAAUUUGUUGAUGCAUUGAAGAUCCCCUACAUUGCCCCAUCCUUUGGUGGCGUAGAGAGCAUCGUGGAUCAGCCAGCCAUUAUGUCUUACUGGGACCUUAGCCAAUCAGAGAGGCUUAAGUAUGGGAUUAAGGAUAACCUGGUCCGUUUCAGCUUUGGAGUUGAAGACUUUGAGGAUUUGAAGGCUGAUGUUCUUCAGGCUCUGGAGGCCAUAUAAAGCAUGAAACCCUCUUUAACUCCCUUUUUUCCCCUGUUUUUCUGUGUUUGCUCCUUCCUGGUGCCUUUUUUUUGGCUCUUCAGUUGAUGUCUGAUUGCCAAAUUUUCUGUUCUGCGUCAGUUCAAGUGCAUUUACUUGAAUUAAGUAAUGGUCCGACUGAAUAACAUUGAGUUUUAUCUCAACUUUUUUGUUUUUUG